CCUGGGAUGCUCCGACAAGUGUGCUUGCAAGCUGCCUCCCUGAGAUGAUUAAAUAUAACAGAAACAUUUUCGUAGAAAAUCAUUGGAGAAGGAGCCAAUAGUUAAGGUGAGAGCCAGUAGCCGUCAGCUAUGACUGUAAAUUCAAUAUCUCAGCUGCUUCAAAUGCAAGAGAGAAAAAAAAGGAACUGGUUCCUCCAUAGGAUCUGGACACACAGCUUCAGGUUCUGGAAUGUAUUCUUGAAAGGACCAAUAACAAGUAUUCCAUUGCCGAUCAAAUGUGUCUUUCUAAACGUGGAAACCAACUGAGCUGAAGCACAUCUUUGACAUAUCAAAAAGCAAAGACAUUUCUGCAGUAUUCCACGAAUAAAAUGUCCAAAGACGAGGUAACCUGCAAGAUUAAUGCAGUUUGUAAGCAUAAGGAACGCAAGCCAAAGAAGCCGCAUUACAUUCCCCGACCCUGGGGAAAACCAUACAACUACAAAUGCUUUCAAUGUCCUUUUACCUGCAUGGAGAAAUCACAUCUUUACAACCACAUGAAGUACAGCUUGUGUAAAAAUUCCCUUUCACUGCUAAUAGAGUCUGAUUGGCCCUAUAAGAAGAACAACUUUCUCAAUUCUGAUCUACGCUUGCUGCAAAGUACUGCAGAGCGGGGUCGAUCUGGAAAACACAAAGAAGAAUUGGAACGCAGUGACAUUUCCAUUGCAGGUGAUACUUCAGUCAAAGAUGCUGAUAGGUGGGAUGCCUGCAAAGCCAGCAUUGAAUUAAGUGCAGAUCUGACCAUUUUAGAAAGAUCUGAUAAACGUUCAUGUUCUUUAAGAGAAAGAGAGAAAUUUGGCUUUGCUACUGAACAGAAAGCAACAGAUGACUACAAAAAAACACAGGAGCCAAGAUGUUUACCUAGCACUGACAUACAAUCUCCCUCAAGAAGCAAAAUGGCAAAACUGAGCAAAAAGGCUGAGACUGAUUUCAUUAUAACUGAUGUAUUUUCCCUGAAGGACUCAGUCAUGAAGAAUAAGAUUUUACCAGCUGCAGGACUGGAAGCCAAGCUGAAACAGUACAAGCAUCCUAAGAACUGUGUGAGCAGUAAUGGAAUUCUCAUGGAACAGUGGAGGCUGGUCACAUCUGGGCAGAGAAAAAACACAGCUGACAUUUCUUCACCAUGUACUGAUACAAAUGUAAUUCCAUGCUAUCCACCACCAGCAUAUAGUGACUACCAAGAGCCGCAGGGACUGAAUCUCUCUGUGCUGGGGGUUAAUUACCCCGUGAACCACAAUCUGUUCUCCUGUUUGAGUCCUGGGAUCACUUCCAAUGGAACAACACCUGCACAAAUGGCUCAGCUGCCUUUUCUAACCUCGUCGGCUCAGUUAGUUCACCCACAAUCUGGGCAUUUGCAAUCCGUACAUCUUCCAGGAAGAUCCCCAGUUCCAUCCAGAUUCUUCUAUCCCCUGUUACUUGAGCAGACACUCGACUCAGUAGAGAAUAGAUCAACAACCGGGAACAAUGACCAGGAGCCAGCAAAUUCAAUGACUCCAAAUAUUCUUACACCACGAACACUAGAUGUCCCCAAUAAAGCAUAUUUGCAUAAGGUUCCUAUCCUAAGGCCUCAUGUAAGUAAACCUUCUGGUCAGGUGGAAAGGAAUCUGGUUGACUCCAGUUACAAGUCCCUCUUAUCACAUGAUGCUGAACAGAAAUAUUCAGCACAAACCAGGGAAAAUACCAUAAUAACUCACAAAAAUGUAUUCGUGUACAAGUCACCAACUUGUAAAAACUCAAGAGAUGCUGAAGACAUGUCCAAUAAACCUCAAGCCAUAAAAAAUCAAGACACUACCAUGCCUGUUUCUCCAAGAACAAGUGAGAGUUCAGCAAGCUUUGUAGAAAAUAAAGCACAGUCGUCACCAGACUCAAAAGAAAACCCAAGCAGGUCAACAUUACUGUUAGGUUCUCUUUCCGCAGAAAAUGUGAAGCAAUCAGACAACAGUUCACCACCUUGCAUUGAAAGCAUUUCUUCACCUUACCGAAAGGUGCUUCCUUAUUGGAACCCAGAGCCUGAAGAAGUGAUGAAAGAAAAUCAAAGGAGCAGCUUAGAGUUUAGACAAUUGUCCCCAUCUGCACGUUCCCCAGGAACUAACAGCCUCAGCAAUUCUGGUAAAACCCCAGACUGCCUUCAGACAGACAAAGAAAAGAAUGGCUCUGUGGUGCUGAUAAAUGAUCUUUGUAAAGUGAUCCAUGAAUAUCAAGAUGUUGAAGAACAACUUUGCUUAGUGGAUAAUGAAGAUACACCUGGACAGAAACAAUUGAGGGGUCAACUAACUAAGAUUAGGAAGGAAUUGUUCCAUAUCCGCCAGGCAUUGGAAAAGACAUCCAAACAACAUGAAGGACCCCUGGACCUCUCAGUCAAAAAGUCACUUGAUGGGAUUGUGAAGAAUCAUAAGAACAGUGAAUACUCUGAAGAUAUAUUUGAAAAUUGUGACAUGCAGGACAAAAGCUUGGAUAGAGUGGAGCAAACGGAUAGCAAGUGUAUAGAAAGCACAAUCAGUAAAGUGAGACCAUCACAAAACUCUUUUGUCAGCAGUGACAAUAAAUCAUUAGAUUUAUGUGUGAAAGUGCACAAGUUUGAAAGACCUAGAACCUUUUCAGAAAUCAACACAGUUAUAACUAACAAGGCAGAUAUGAUUAAAACAACCAGCCCUCAGCAGCCAAGAAGCAUUUCAUCAGAGACUACAUUUAUAAACAGAGCAACAAAAUGUGAAGCAGACUCCAGCGUACCUCUUAGUGCUGAUGGAAAAUUAAACUUACAGCCUAGUCAGCUGCUUCCAGUGGCUGAGGAGAACUAUACCAAGGGUGAGACCUUGAAAAGGUCACUAACAGGUGAAAAUCAGAAUGAGGGGGAAAAGUUGUGCAUGCUCAGCCCUUUAGUGGCAGAAGGGUUAGGAUCAAUAAAACAGAACAGGAUAAUAUGAAUCCAGCAAUGUGAAGAUGAAAGCACUGUGAUUAGGUUGGUAAUUAGACAGGAUAGCCUAAUUAACACCCAGCACCAGAACAGAUCGGUACAAUACCUAAAAUAGAUUGCAAAUAUGUUGAAAUUGGAACUUUAUCAAACAAGAAAUAGUAGAGUGCUAUUUGUUAAUUAAAGUAAAGCACUCAAGCUCCCAUAAACUGAAUAAUUUGAUAUGUCCCAUUCAUCUCAUACUUCAACUGCAGUACAUAUUCUGUAUUUUCGCGUAAACAUCCAGUUGCUCUGAUCUUUAGCAUUACUGAAUACAAACAGAUAUAUCUGAUAUGCUUAUAACCAUUAUAAUUUCUCCAUUUUUCCCCUUAUUCAUGCACAUGUAGAGAAAUUUACAUAUUUUGGGAGAAUUACAGGGCAAAGACUGUGGUGCAUCUUACAUGUUCUCAGGGUCUGAAAUAGGUGUCAAAGUCACAUUCAGGAGUGAGUCAACAAAUGGAUGGAGCGUGCAUGCUGCCACCUUGCCCCAUGUUCUCAACUACCUUCUAUGGUAGAUACCUGCAACAUCAUUUAAAUAUACUAUCAUAUCCCUUUAUCUGAAUUAGUGCUCCCACAUCAGUGACUGCGUUCACCCAGCACAUCAUGGUGUGAGUAUUCAGGAAACAACUUUUAGGGGUGGUAAUUAAGGAAAUCCUGCUUGUUAUUAAGGUAAAUGGCGGGAGAAACUAUGCAGGGCCUGUCUGCAUUCUCACCAGAUGUCAACUUCCUCAGACCCCACUUGCCCAGAAUGUCAAUAACUUGCUCUUGAAAUAGAGGCAGCAUGCGGAAACCUGUAGCAAUCCGUUUCUUGCCGUUUAAUGGGGUCUGCACAUUAGGAUAGAAUGGCACUCUGGGUGUGUGAAAGCUGGCAACAAUGUACAGAUGCCAGAAAAUAGUUAAGUGAUCAGCAGGUGCAGAUGUAAUGGCAGAAGUUGAAGGAUCUGAAGUGUGCCACAGUGAUUUAUAGGAGAUUGUUGGUAUUUGACAGCAGGAAUGGUGGAGCAGCAGAUGGGGCAAUACAGUUCAUAAGCUCUGUAUGUAUUAGUUCUGAAACCAUUGCUCAGUUGGACCAGGCAACUUUCCUGCAUGUCUUCCUAAGACCUGGUAGACUAAGGAUGCUCCGCUUUCUGCUAACCGCCUUCAUCAAAACCUCCGAAGAAAUGUUCAGAAACUGAAGAGGCAUUGCAGCUUCUGCACUGGUCAUUAUCCACAAUUCUCAGUGAAAAGAACUUUGUCCAUUUAAGAGCUACACUCUGUCUUCAAGUGAUGCCAGGAUUGCAUGAAAAUAAUGAACCCCAUGAGCAAAAGAACAAUUCAACUGGCAGCCUGCACAUUUUACUUUAAUUGAUAAGUUACAGAAAUGAGUCCUCUUUGUGGCACUGUGAUAUAUUUGUUCUGUGCAUGAAAAUGUACUCUGACCAAUUUCUACUUUCAUGUCUUUGAAAAUGCAUAUAUCGGCUUUAAACACUGAUAAUUCUUCUGUAAUUUUCAAACUCCAGUAUUUAACAUAUAUUAAAUACACAGCAUGCAGUGAGUGUUUAUCAGUGGGAGCUGAGUGGCUGAGCCAUCCUAAAUAAUGCUGGCAAUUUCUCCAUCUGUCAUCUGUGCUGAAGUCAGUUUUCAUAAUUACCUUACACAUCAGUAUGACCAAGAACCGAGUGAGGAAGGUGACUGUGAGCCAGCGGUAACUAAAUCACUUUGCUGCCUAUACAACAGUGAAGGAAAGCUACUUAACCCAUUGGUGGCCAAAAUAAAUGACUCCAUUUGCCUCCAGUGGUAGCAAGCAUUGGUGUUUAUAAUGGCAAAGUGGCCAAGGAACAUUAAUUUUGUUUUUGGAUGACACCUUUCACAACAGCUGUGCUGUUGCAUUUACAUUAAGAAUAAGUAGCUGACAGUAGACUCGCUUCUUGAACUGAGAUAUAGGACAUCUUUUGGGCUGUAAGCAACUAUUCAGAUGCCCAACAAAUAAAGCAAUUAUAAGAACAUACCCUAACUCCCAGAUAUGAACGAGAGAGGUAGGAUGAAUAAAAACAAUUCCAACAGGAAUAAAGUAACCGCUUGGUGUCUGAAUGAUGUUACAAUAGUUUCUUUUUUUAAUAUAUGUUGUAUAUUAAAAUGCAUUUGAAUGUCAGUAACUAAUUUGCUAAUGUUGGGAAAUAUAGAUCUAACUGUAUGUAAGAUUUCAUUUUUAAGAUCCCUCCUUUGCCCACAUGUACUGUCUUAUAAUUUAAAUUAUUUAUUCUUUCCACAAGCAUUUAUCAUUUUGAUAUUACAAUUGUUAACAUAAAAGGCACUAUUAUGAUAUAAUAUUCAAAAUUGAACAUGUUACAAGAACAUAGGUUAUGUUCCCACUAUACAAGUUCUUAGGGUGUAUUUCACUUACAGUAUGUCAAUGCAGAAACCAAAAAGGCACUUUAUGAUUAAAAUAUUAAUUGAACAACUAUUUAUUCAUGCAGUGUAUAUUAAAUUUGAUUAUUGUAGGUUAAUUUUGAUAGAUUAAGCAUGCUCUUGACAUGAAUUUCACAUACAGGAAUUUCAGCUUCACUUCCUUGUUCAGUAGCAAUUAUUCCGUGUGUCUUAUUUAAUGGAUAGUUAUUUCUUACUUUGUGAUUUUAACACUGGUAAAUAAA